AUGAUGUCAUCCCUGGAGUCAGAGGCUGCGAUAUUAGCGAGAUGUCACCAGGGCGGUGCUGAGUCCAAAUUUAAGGUCAAGGCGGCCGAAACGGCCAGCGCGCCACUGCUGGAGAAGGGAGGCGAAGAGUUCUUGGUGGCUGCUAGCUUGAGAACACUAGCAGUGGCUUUGCAGAGCUAUGGCAAGGAGAAGGGCUUGGACUUGGAGGGUCUCUUUCAGGAAGCUGGCGGUGGCAAGGCCAUCGGUGAAGCGGGUCUCCAAAGAUCACCCAUGAGUUUCUCAUCCACACAAAGGGCCGGUUUCCAAGCGUUGGCUCCCAAGGAUUUCGUGACCUACCUGGAGAAAUUACCCGAGGUGAUUGGACAUCCGGAGGUGGAAUUCAACGAGGACUACCGGGUGUUGUCGGGACCUCCCCAUUUUUGGUUCAUGUCGGGGGAGGGCAAAGGCAAAGGAUGGGGCAAACGAAGAGAUGACCAAGCAGGAAGUGAAGAGAAGAUUCAUCAGUACAGACACUCGCUGGAGAGCGGCUACAAUGCUGAGCAGAGUGAGGGUGACCUCAUGAGCGUCGAGAUGGAUGCUUUGGUCUUCCUGCAAAUCAUGAAGCACUGUAGGCAACAUGCACCGCAGCCAGUGACAGGACAGCUUCUGGGGAUGGAUGUGGGCAAUGUGCUGCAGCUCACCCACUCCUUUGGCUAUGUGCAAAAAGGUGCAGAGACAGAGACUCAGGGCCAGAUCGAUGAGGGUGUGCAGUUCCAGAUGGACACUUUGCGCAAGCUCCGGGAGGUGAACGUGGAUUCUAACACGGUGGGGUGGUACCAAACCACGCACCUGGGCCAGUUCAUCAACAAGGAUGUGAUUCACUCACAGCAUGGUUUUCAGACCGAGAUUCCUCGAUCGGUGCUAGUGGUCUAUGAUUCACUACAGGCUGCAAUUGGAAAGCCAUCCUUCAAAGCACUUCAGCUCACCAAGGAGUUCAUGGAAAUGCCGCUGACCCGCCGCGUGCUCCGCUUGCGGCGCUGCGUUCGCCCGCUGCUGGUGGUGACUGCUCUGGCGGCUUCGCAGAGCUUUGUGGCGCCAAUCACCCAGGCUGGCCAUGCCAGCCAUGCAGCUGUUACGCCGCGGGGCCGUGUUUCGAGCGCCGCCGUCACCGGCGAUGCUCAGUGGUUUAGGUCAGAGACUGGGGGCGUGGCGUUAUUGAAUGUGGUGACGAUGCUGUUUGGAAGUAAUCAGGUGCUGAUCAAAACCUUGGAGACGGAAGAUGCCACCUCCGGGGCGAUGGACAGUUUCAUGUGUAUGUCCUUACGCUUUGGCAUCGCAGCCCUGGCCAUGUUCUUCGUGGCCUUCGCCCAGCGCCGAAGGGACGACGCAAGGGACGCAGCGGACGCCGUGGACGCGGCGCCGAGCGGCUGCAUCUUGACGUGUGGAGCUGAACUGGCUGUUUGGCUUUUUCUGGCCUUCAUGUUGCAAGCUGUGGGAUUGCAAUACACCACUGCCUCCAGUGGUGCCCUCUUGGGCAGUCUGACCAUCGUGCUUGUACCUCUCUUGAGCCUUUUGGAUGGGCGCCGCAUCAGCCAUCUGACCUGGGGGUCCGUGGCCCUGGCCACCAUGGGGACCGCCCUCUUCGUAGGACCCAAUGCCUUGCAGGGCGCCUUCAGCAGCUUUGGCGACAUCUUGGAAUUGGGCAGCGCUGCACUCUUCGCCGUGCAGAUGUGGCGCUGCGAAAGGCUCAUCCGUCAAGUGCCUGAGAGUGAGGUCGUGGGGCUCACCUGCUUACAGUUGGCGUUGGUGGCAGGUUUCUCCUUCAUGUGCGUGCUGGCUGAGGGCUUCAGCAUGCCUUUGGUGGUGGAGACACUGUCGACCUUGGCACCAGGUGAGUGGAUGUCGGUGGUGACCAUGGGCCUGGUCACUACGGCCUUCUGCCUCUGGGCUGAAGCUUGUGCCCUGCAGAAUGUGGACGCCUCGGUGGCUGCGCUGAUCUAUGCCUGUGAACCAAUUUGGGGAGCUGUCUUCGCAUACCUAUGGCGAGGUGAAACAUUGGAGGGUCCCUGUGCAAUGUGUGGUGCAGGGCUGCUUUUCUUGGCAUCUAUGGCAGGUGUCAUGGCAUCGACACAAGAGAAGGCCGACACGAUGCCGGAUCGGGUCGAUGAGUCCAUCGGUGAUUCCAACCCCCUUUGCCACACUAUGCGUCAGCUGACCAGAGCUGAUGUUCUGAAGGUAGCAGGGCUACCAAUUCUGGCUACUUGGACGUGGACGUCCAUAAGUGAGGCCACCUUUCAGUUCUUGGGGCAUUGGACAUUUCCCUUUCAGGAGAAAGGCGUGAAGGAUGGCAUCGACGUCAGAUGGCGAUGGACAAGCAGGCACAGGUGUGAAUUCACAGCUGGCUUCUCUGGAAGUGCUUUCGACAAAUUGCAGUUACACCAGACUGAACUGAUGGAGAAUGAUGAGAAAGCCGUGCAACGAAUCAUCACCUUGUUAGGAGGUCACUGGGGAAAGAUUGGACUGGAAAAGCAAUAUGAAGAUGCUGAAUCAGCCUUGUUUCAUACCUCCCAGCAUGCCGAUGAAUCCAACGAUUCAUACCUUGCUCGAGCUGAUGUGGCUUGGAGCAAACUCCUCAGUCGCAAACUGGAAAUGAAAGAUCUGCAAGCGUACAUCCUACUACGUGGGUCAACGUUGAGCCCCGAGGAAAAGAAGAAGGUAAUCCUCGAGUCGGAUCAGUCUUUGGAAGGUCAGUUGACAGUGUCUAAAGUAGCUGAAGCAAUCCGAAUCCUGGGUGCAACCUUUUUCAAUGACAUGACCGGAAACAAGAAAACCAAGACCAAGGUGUACAGUGCAGCAACUCUGGUUGCGGAAGACGAGGAGGAAGAGGCCCAUCUAGCCACUCAGGAGGAACUGGGUGAGGAUGAAAUGUUGGAAUGCCUGUUAAGUGAGGGAGACCCUGAUGCAACUCUAGUGACAGAUUUUGAAAAUGCUGUAUCCGAGAUUGUACAGGAAGACACAGCCCUUGCAGCCGCAUACACAUCAUACCAAGAUGCACGUCGGCGCCUAGCCGAUAAGUCCAAAUACCGUGGCUUUUGGCCAGUAGCACGUGAGCCCAGUGGAUCUACCAAAGGUAAAUCUAGUGGCAACAAAGGUGGAGGCAAGAACAAAGGUUCGUGGCCAAACAAGCCCCGUCGCAGCCUGCAAGAUCGAAUCCUGAACUCCACAUGCCGAUUGUGCAACCGUCGUGGCCAUUGGAAGGCCGAGUGUCCAUUCCGACAAUCGGGAUCGACAGCACCAGCCUCAUCCAACAAUGCGAUGCCUACGACGACCGUCGUUGUCGGAGAUGCAGAGGACGACAUUCUGCCCAUGGAGUUCGUCCAACUGCCCGAGAUGUCAUCCACCACCGCCGACCCAAAUGACAACACUUUUGCCGAUUUGAAGUGCGAAGGCCAGACCAUUGCUGAGACUUUUGUGUCCGAUGGCAAGGUGAAAAAGACAGUGUCAUGGGAAAUUUCAGACAAGGUAUCAGAUGAAGUUUCACAGGUCAUGCGGAACCUGGUAUCAAAGCAUACCCAGUCAAUCAACCAAAAUGCAGUGCGGCUCAAAGAACUACGGGUGAAAACAUCCGUGCCAAGCAUCCGAGUGCGACAGAGAAGCAUGUCGCUCAGCCAGCGCCUUCGCCGAGUUCAAGGACCACCGGCGGCACCCGAGAUGCCAAGUCUCAGUCACCUGACUCUGGAGGAUUUGUCUGCAGAGAUAGUGACCUUCGGUCAGAAGUACCUGGGAUGCCACUUCCGGGACACCUGGGAGGAUCAAGAAUGGGUUCAAUUCAUGGUGAGCCGUUACAGCAAGAGCACAAAGGAGAGCCAUCGACGGUAUCUCCGAUAUGUGGAGUUGAAGGUCGAGGCCUUGGAACAGUCGCAAGAGACGGUUCCUCCAGGGUCCAAUCCACUCGGAGUGCUUCGAAGCCAAGCCAAGGCCAAAGCCAUGGCACGUCCCAUCGGCAAUCCCAUCAACACCUCUUUGCCAGACAUGGAUGCCAUCCAACAGCGGAUGUUGAACAUGGAGAACGCACUGUCCCGGGUGAUUCGACACAUCGAGGACCAGGCACUGAUGACCCAACUGAGCCGCAGUCCCGAGGAAGCUCCUUUCAGAAAAGCGUUGCUACUGAGAAGGGAUGGUAGCAUCCAAUAUGAGAAGAACUGGGAAAAAUGGGUUCAUUUGUCACAACGUCAAUUGACCAGACCAGCACGUGCUAGUAGGUUGAAUGUGACUGUCUUUGCACGUGACCAUGAUAAGAAAGAAAACCCACCGUCACCCGAGAAUGAGAGGAGUGCACCGGAACCUUCCAGCAGCGACCAGCGUCCUGAAGGCAUGUUAGAAGACGCAGUGCCUGAUAGCGUUGUUGAACUCCGUGAGCCACCAAAAUUCAUAUCAGCAGAGACCACAGCUGAUUCCGAUGUUGCCAGUAGGAAUGCCGAAGAGCUUUCUGACAAGCCAACAUCCGUUGCACGUAAUGUGGAUGAGUUUGUGCAGCGAUUUGGAAUCAGGAGCACCACCACCACUCCAGAAGCGCAUUGGCAAAGUGGCAAGAUCGAACGUCAUGGCAGUUUCUUGCAGACCAUGCUGGAUAAAAUGGACAUGGAACAUCCAAUUCAGGACUACAACCAAUUGCAGAUGGCACUGAACCAAGCCACCCAUGCCAAGAACGCACUUAGCAUUCGUCAUGGUUAUGCCCCUGAGAUCAUAGUGUUUGGUAAACAUUCUCGCUUGCCGGGGUCAGUUUUGAGUGAUGAAUCACUGCCAUCUCAUGAAAGCAUCAUGGAAGAAGGUGAUCCCAUGUCCAACCAAGAGUUUCGACAGUUGCUGCAUGUCCGUGAGUCCGCUCGAAAAGCAUAUCACAUAGCUGAUAACAGCGAUGUGCUCAGAAGAGCUGCCUUACGCCGAGCCUGUCCAAGCCGAGGCGACAUUGAAACCCCAGGAAUCUCAGAAAACGGAGAUCAUGCAGAAGUUAUCAUGUACACAUGUCAUGAAGUCGCAAAUGCUUUCACUGAAGAAGCCAUGGACACAAUGGCCUGGAAAUGUGAGUUUGACAUGGAUUUAGGCCUGCCACUGAACAAGUACAUGCCUUCUGAUGAAGAGUCCUGGGCCAUGCUGGCCACCACGGCCAAGAAGCAACGGACCGAGGUCAAACUGACCGAACUCUCACCGACAGAGCGGGCAGAAUUUCAAGCUGCAAAGGAGUCAGAGAUUCAAAAUUGGAUCAAAACAGGGACAAUCAGCACCAUCUUGAGACAUCAGAUACCUGAGGUGAUAGCCUCUCAUGCAUGGCAACUUCGCAGCUUCGAUAUCAAAGCAGCCUUUCUUCAAGGACAGCCGCAAGCCGACAGAAUCACGGCCAUUGACCCAGUGCCAGAACUCCGAAGAGCACUGAACUUGCAGACUUCGGAAGUUUGCAAACUCAACAAGAGUUCUGAAGGUAGCAGGGCUACCAAUUCUGGCUACUUGGACGUGGACGUCCAUAAGUGCUUGGUGGAUCCAAAACCUUUUGUGAGCGAUUGCAGAGCAAAACAGAAAGGGGCGAACGGUCUGAAGCUGGGUGAAGAUUGCAUGAGGCCAUGUCAUAAUUUGGAGGGAACGGCCUAUGCCUAUGCCCUUGGCUUGUUGUCAGCAGAUCUCGAACUUGAGAAGUUCAUGGUAUCGGUGCCAAAUCCUGCCUGCAUCUCACAGGAUGCACACUUGGGGCCUUCAUAUCGCGAACUUUUGAAAGGCCCUGUGGAGAAUUCAGUGCAGAUAUCGCAGAUCCAUGAUCCAGUUGCGAUGGCCAACCUGGUGAGAGAUGUUGCUGUUGAGAAGCCCGCCGUCACCACCGUCACCGGCCAUGACUGCGGCUGUCUCUUGUACAGCAAUAGCUAUGCUGCGCCCAAGGCCGACCUCUUCGAGAUGUCUGUCAACGAGAUGUUCGUAGAGAUUCCCAUUGUGGUGACAGCUUCACCCUUGGCUGAGUGCUUCCUGCUGGACUGGUCCAUCAUGAGCCCUUUGGCCACCUCGCAAGUGGACACCCUGGACGUGGAGAAUCAGGCAUUCUUUGAGAAGAACGUGCAGCUCCUGAGCUCAGCCUUGGCGAACUUGGCGGAGGAGCAGCAGAAGAUGGCCCAGUACGAGCGAAAUGCGGGUCGCAAGGGAGAUGAUAAGGGGAAGGGGAAGGGCUACCGCCAAGCGCAACCUCAGCCGUUGGACACCAUGGUGCUCAGCAAACAGAUCCAAAACUACUGCAAGGCCAUCAACAACUACGCAGGGGAUGCCUUCAGCAAGGUUUACCUGGUCUCCAACAAGCCCAAGGAGCGACGCAGCGCCUUGGCCAAGCUGGUGGAUGCAGAUGGCGAUGGGCAGAUCUCCUUGGCAGAGUUCAAGGCCAUCUUCCAGCUGAAGUUUGUGUGCGUCACCGGCAUCUCCAUGACGGAUGUGCUACAGGUCUCAGUCAGCAAGACCACUGGAAAGGUGGAGACUGGCGAGGUCAUGGAGGCCUUGGGGCCCAUUGCCAAGGAUGAAGCCACAGGGAUGGAGCGAGUGGAGGUGAAGGUUUUGAGCUCCGGGAAGCAGGGCUUUGUGACGCUGAAGGGGAACCAGGGCACCACUUUUCUGCAGGAGUCUUCGCCCUUCAGCGACUUUUGCACUUCACUGGACAAGACUCUGGAGGAGCGAACUGCAGCGGUGCGCAAGGUGAUCACGUUCAUCCAACAGAAGGGCAACGAAUUGACCGCGCACAACACCGGGCCGCUACAGGAGGCGAAAGCAGAAAUCAACAAGCUGCGGCCGAAGGCACAGGCUCAUGCGGCCGAGCUUCAAAAGCUCAAGACAAAAGUCGUAGCCGCCAAGAAGGACUUUGCCAAGGCUGAAGCUGCAGAGAAGACUGCGCACAUCGAGGCCAAGGAGCGGAAGGAGGCCGAGGCGAUCCUGAAGGACUGCAACGGCCAGGUGGAUGCGGCAGAGGCCCGCAGCAACCAGAUCAGCUCCAGUGCUGAAGCUUUGCUGGCUUCCAAGGGCGAAGAUGUGUUGAAGUUUGAGACACCAUCCAGUGUGCUGGAGGAGGUGGAAAAGAUGGUGCCAGAGGCUGCAUCAGUUUGCAACAAGGUGAAGACCCACCUUAUGGAGGAAAUCAAGAAGAUCAAGGCUGCGAAAGGACCCCUGGCAGAGGCGAAGAAGGAGUUGACCAAGCUCACCGGAAAGGUUGAGUCCUUUGUGAAGAAGAAUGCUCAUACGCUUCAGGCCGUGAAGGCGGCCUGCAAGAGCAUCUCCGAGGCGGGCGCCGUCAAGGCCUCUGCGGCCCUGCGGGCAGAGGUUCACCAGAAGGGCAUGACCUUCGACGCCUUCUUUGCGGAAUUGGCUGAAGGUGGUUCCAUCAAGCACGAGGCUCUGUGCAAACGUUUGCUGAGCUUGGACCUGGGACUGUCCGAGGAGCAUGCCAAGUUGGUGUGCCGCAAAGUGGAGGCCGGCACCAUCGGAAAGCGAGCAUUCCAAGCUUUUGUGCAGCGCUACUACUCGGUGACCACGGUCAGGGAGUCAAGUACCUUUCAGCAGUAUACCGUCCCAGAUUUUUGCUUCCCAAGUUCGACGGAACGACUACAGGCAAUUGCCAUCACCACAGAGUUUGAGAUCAGCAAAGCCAAAACCAUCCGAAAGGCAGAGGUGGAAGAAAUGUUUGAAGUUCUCGAGGGACCCAAAUCCGACGAGAAGCUCAGCCUCACACGUGUCCGUGGCAGGUCGUUGGCUGACGGCACGGAGGGAUGGCUGAGUAUCAAGGGCAACCAGGGCUCCUUGUUCCUCAAGGAGGCGGAGAAACCUUUCUACAGCAUCUCCAGUCGAGAUGAGGUGCGGCUAGAUGCGGACUUCAAGGUGGGUGAUGGCGAGCCUGUGCGCAUGUUGAAGUAUGGCGAGGUGCUGGAGAUGUUGGAAGGUCCCAGAAAGGAGACCUUCCCUCCUGGUCUCAGAGCCAGGGGCAAGGCCACGUCAGACGAUGCAGUCGGUUGGUUUAGCAUCAGAGACCGACAGGGGACGAUCUUUGCCGAAGCGGAGGGAAAGAUCUACACCUGUGUGUCCACGGUUGCCAUGACCGACACCUUUGAGAUCAAGGAUUGCCAGGUCGUGAAGAAGCUUGCUGUGGGUGACCUUUUCGCGGUGGAGGAAGGCCCUUUGAAGCAGGAGGACUCGGGCGUGACUCGGGUGAAGGGCAAAACCUUGUCGGAUGAGAAGGUGGGAUGGAUCACCAUCACUGGCAACGCAGGCACCACCUUUGCAUCCGCGAGCAAAACACACUACGCAAUCGUCAAGGAGGUGAAGCUGCAGAAGACGGUUGCUGCCAACUCAGAGGUGCUAAAGACUUUGGCGCCCGGUGAGGCAGUGCAGGUCAGUGAGACAAAGGAAGAGGCGCAACAACCUUCCAUCCGGGUCAGAGUAAGGACCACCGAUGGUCCGGAGACUCAGAGGUUGGUUUUUCCCGGCACGGGUCGAAAGAUUUGCUGUGUUCUGAUAUCAAUCAUGGCUGCAGAGCGGUUCACUGAGCGACUUGGAGAUAACAAGUUCUUCAAGAUUGAUCUCCCACAGAGGAAAGCGGUAGAGUUCAAAACUUCGCGGUGGACCAGCGUCUACAAGUGCCUGGUGGCCACUCCCAUGCAAUCCACGUGCAAGGUACGAGAGAUUGCCGCCAAUGAAAUCUUACAGCUGCUCGAUGGUCCUGUAGAAGAGGCUCAAAGCAUGUUUCAGGGGCAGGUAGCUUCGCCGUUGGGAGCUAUGGCCACCCUGUUGGGCCUGGGAGGCCUCAGUGGCUGCCCUCUAGAGAUUGUCAGAGCUCUAGAGGGGAUGGGAUGGAACGUGCAGAGGUUGGGAACUCUGCAUGACGCAGGCGACGAAAUGAUAGGGGUCGUCCUGCAAGCCACGGAGGAAAAGCUUGGCAAAGCGGUCGAUGUCCAGAUACUUCUGGGGUUGAUCGAGGUUUGUCAAGCUGCGGCCGAGGUCGCAUGGAAGAUGGAGGGUAAGACCUCAGGAGCUGAGCUGCUGGUGGCGCACGAACAGAAGCGUCUCCAGGAGAAGAUGAAUGAGUGGCGCAAGUUCACUCAGAAGGUGCUGGUAGAAAAGGCGCCACUGGUCGGUACGGCCAAGGUCAUCAGAUGGCCCACCAAGUUGCAGAGGCGGCUCAAUGAAGCCGGAGACAACCCAGCCCUUCGAGACAGCGCCGAGAGGACGGAGAGGAACCGGUGGAUCCAUCAGCUUAAGAGACUCCUUCAAGAUGGAGGUUGUCCAUCGGUUAGGGAUGAGACGAUGGGUUUCGAGCUGUCCCGUCGUUACGGCAAGGGACGCCGGGUGAACACUCUGCGUAAACAUGUGAAGACGUGGCAGAAGGUCUCGGAGUGGACCAUGGCCACCUUCCGUCGGGCAUGGCCGGCGGAACCAUCAGAGUUUGCACGAUACCUGGAGUGUCGUGCCAAUGAACCAUGUGGACGUACGGUUCCGGACUCAGUUUACCGUACAUUGAUCUUCAUGGAAAACGCAGGCGAAAUACCUCCAGAGGAGCAGCUGAACAAAUCCCCUGCAGUACGCAAUGUUCUGGAGGAGGUCAACAUGCAGCUGUCUGAGAACUCUGGAGGGGUCUUCACGAAGAGGGCUUGGCACUUGCCAGUCAAGGUGAUCGCUGAGUUUGAAACAGUGGUCAUGGAUGAGAAGGCAAAGGAAUACGUCAGAUGCUACGCAUGGUUCAGGUUGGUGAAAACCUGGACCGGGAUGAGGUUCUCCGACACGUGUGGCCUGUUGGAGGAAACCAUGGAGCUUCAGAGCUUCGGUUUGACGGCCGUGUUGGCCAAGACAAAGACAACUGGGCCGGGAAAGAAGGCCCAGAAGCUGAGGAUCUGGGUCAAUGUCAUGUGUUGGAUUCGGCACAGGCAUUGGCUGGAGGUCGGCUUCGAUCUAUGGAAGAAGUUGGGCAGAGAAGCGGGCCUGCAGGGAAGGGAUUUUGGCCUGCCCUGCCCCACUCGUGAUCUGAGUGGAUUCACGAGGCGGAUGGCCAAGUACGGCUUGGCAAGCAAGUGCUCGCAGGCGUUGUUCAACGAUCUGAACUGCGAGUACGAUGGAGCAGUGGUCCCGUUGCUGCCGGUAGGUGCUGGACUGCUCUGGACCGAGCAUUCGGAAAGGGCCACAAUUCGUACCUGGGCUGAUGCAGUGGAAAUCAGUCCAGAGGUGAAGAAGCAGAUGGGCAGAUGGAUGCCCAGCUCCGAUCAGGCGUACGAACGCACUUGGAGGGCCAAUGUCCUGAGGGCCCAAGAAAAGAUUGCGUCGUUCAUUCGCAAUCGAAUGGGAGGAAAGGACGUCUUUGACGAAGCGGCCGUGUUUUCGGCCAUGGCGUCCAAGCUGGAGGAGAUGGGCCUUCCACCAGGGGCUGCAGAGGUGCAGAUCGACAAGCUGAUGGUCUUUGGGAAAGGACCGGUGCCUAAGAGGGUGAGGCUCACACCGAAUGGUGCUGUGUUCGAACCAGAUGACGAGGGUGAAGCAGUCGCCGGGUUUGGUGACGAUGGGGUCUACCCGAGUGGCCCACUGAUGGGCUACGAGAGCAUGUCUGAGGACGACGCCGGCGACCUGGCUGCAGGAGAAGCUGAAGUGAGAGAGGCGCCUACUCACGGCACUUACGUGCUGAGCAUUGUGGGCCGGGGGCAGACAAAGACGCUCCACCGAAUAGGUGAGUGUCAUCGAGUUCCUGGUAUCCACUAUAGCUGUUUUGAGGUGGUGGGAGAUAAUCCUCCGCCUGCCUCCGAGUUUCACCGAAGUUGUAGAUUGUGCUUCCCUCGCGGCACAGGUGCGGGGGAAGAGUCUUCUGGCGAAGCCGAAGACGGAGAGGUAAGCUCUUCUGACAGCAGCACGUCAGUUGAGGAGUCUUCGGACUGA